UAGUUUGAAGCUUUGGGCAAAUUACACUGACGGCCCCAAAAUUCUUCAUAACUGCGUUUAAGCACCGCAACCUUUUGGUGAUUACUCUAGUCCCCCAUAUUUUCCCAUAACACAACGAACUCAACCCAGAAGCGUUGCUCUCAUCUUGUCACUCUCUUCCUUAUAAUCCUCGAAGAUCACCAACACUAAGCUCCCAUGAUUACAAUUACAAGCUCUGAGCUGAAACCCUAAUUUAAACGUGUCAGUUUUGAUGGUUUGGUGGCAUUGCUUGUAAUGAAGGGUGAUGGAUAGGGAUGAUGAUGACUUUGAGAGUCUUCAUGAAAGCAUGGAUGUCCACCUUAAAGCAUCAAAUAAGUUGGACUUGAAUGUAGAGCAGGACUGUCGGAGCCCAAAAGUUGUCCAUGCUAAUGGUGCUCAGUCAAUUCUUUCCUCAAAAAAUGAAGACAGUAUAGAUGCAGUUUUGAAUAUUGGUACAGAGUUUGAAUCUGAUGAGCAUGCAUACAAAUUCUACAACAAAUAUGCCAGAUUGGUGGGUUUUAGUGUUAGGAAAGACUGGGUAAAUAGGAGUAAGGUGCAUGGUCAGGUGGUAUCUCGGAAGUUCACCUGUUCUAAGGAGGGUUAUCGGCGUAAAGACAAAAGAGAUCUUAAUGUGAAGAAACAUCGGAAGGAAACAAGAACCGGUUGCUUAGCGCAUAUGAUCAUCACUCGUCAAGCAGAUGGUAAAUACUGCAUCACACAUUUUGAGUCGCAGCAUAAUCAUGACAAUGUAGAUCUAAGUAAUGCCCAAACUUUACCGCUGCGAAAAGAAUUAGGAAUAGAGCAAGCUGCAGAAGCUGACUCCUCAGAAGAAUUGGGACCACAGUCAAAAUCAGCAUUUGAAUCAAUGAAUAGAUGGUUCAGAGUUCGGGAUUCUCUUGAUCAUUUUUCCCUUGAUUAUGAUAAUCAUCUUCCUACUGAAAGGACUCAAGAUAUGAAAGAGGGAGAGGCAGGACGUUUGAUGCAUUAUUUUCAAAGACAGCACUUUGAAAACCCAUUAUUCUUUUAUGCAUUAGAGGUUGAUAUUAAUGAUAAGGUGAGUGGCAUAUUUUGGGCAGAUGAUAACAUGGUAUCAGACUAUGGUCAUUUUGGGGACGUGAUUUGUUUGGACACAGUUUGCAAAACAAAGAAGGAUUUUCUACCAUUUGUACAGUUUAUAGGAGUUAAUCAUCACAAACAAGUGGUGAUCUUUGCUGCUGCACUUUUAUAUGAUGAGACCAUUGGAUCUUUUAAGUGGCUAUUUCGAACUUUCUUAGAGGCAAUGUCAGGAAAGAAGCCAAAGGUCAUACUUACUGAUCAUGAUGCAACGAUUGUUGAGGCAAUCAAUUCAGUUUUGCCAGAGGCAGACCUUCGAAUAUGUGUAUGGCAGAUGUAUGAGAAUACUCUCAAACACCUAAGCCAUGUAGUAAAAGAUACAGAAUCUUUUGCCAAUGAUUUAAGGAGCUGUAUUUAUGAUCACAAGGAUGAGGAGGAUUUCAUUCAUGCUUGGGAAGACAUGCUGAAUAGAUAUAGUCUUCAACAAAAUGAGUGGAUGAAAUGGAUGUUUAGAGAACGAGAGAAAUGGGCUGUGGUAUACGGCAGGAAUACCCAUUUUGUUGACAUGAAAGGUUCACAUCUAGGUGAACGUUUGUUUGAUGAAUUGAGAGAUUACCUAAACUGUGACCUUGAUGCGCUUCAAUUUUUUAACCAUUUUGAAAGGGUCCUAGAUGAACAGCGGUACAAAGAAAUAGAAGCUAGUGCUGAGAUGAACAGAUGUAUGCCAAGACUAAUGGGUAAUGUGGUUUUAUUAAAGCAUGCAAGUGACCUUUACACCCUAAGGGCAUUUGAAAUAUUUCAACAAGGAUAUGAGAAAUGUUUGAAUAUUGUUGUUAACCAGUGCGGUGAGGAUGGAUCAUUGUUUGAGUACAAAGUUAACACAUUUGGGAAAACUCGAGAACAUUCUGUUACAUUCAAUUCUUUGGAUGAUACAGUUAUAUGCAGUUGUAAGAACUUUGAAUAUGUUGGUUUUUUAUGUAGCCAUGCACUGAAAGUACUUGAUCAGAGAAAUAUUAAGGUGCUUCCAUCCAGAUAUGUCUUGAAGAGAUGGAGAAAAGAUGCAAGGUUAGGAAGCAUGGGAGAGAGCAAUAAGUUCCCAAUGCAUGAUAACCCUAAGUUGAUCAUGGCAAGCCGUUACAAGGAUUUAUGCCAUAGAAUUCUCUUGUUAUCAGCCAAGGCUUCAGAGUCUGAUGAAGCAUUUCUAUUUGCUUCAAGACAACUUGAUGAAUUGAUGGAAGGUGUAGAGAAAAUCUUGAAACUAAAACCUGACGAAGCUCAAGCUGUUACCUCAAGCAGUACUGGUGCAAAUGCUUCUGAGUGUGAGAAUACAGAGAUUUUUCUUGACGAAAAUGCUAUUGAGGAUCAGGAUGACAACAGAAUAAAACUAAAAGGACAAACUAUCCUUGAUAGAGGUCAGCUGAUCAAUGUAAAUGAAGAAGGCUCUCCUACAGAAAGAAUUCAGAACGUAGAAGCACCUCCACAGAGUACCAUCACCUGUAUUUCUAGUUCUCCACCAGUUUAUGUUUCAAAUCAGGACACAGCAGGAAAUUCCAUGAUCCAGGGUUUGUACAAUUUUGAAGCGAACCAGGCGGUUCAUUGCCUGUAUCAACAACCUAAUUUAGCCUUGGACCAGCAAAAUAAUCCUAGCAUGUACCAACCCUCAAACUUCUUCACUAACCAACAUGACUCGCCUGGCCAAUCUCAAUUGUUACAGGAACCAUUAAUCCAUAAUACAUACCAGGAGUCUGUAUCAAACGCCACGCAAUUGAGGCAGGCAAUGGAUCUAGAUGUCCAAAAUCCAAAUCCAUCUUCAUUCUUGCUUUUUGAUCACAGAUACAGAUCUUCUUCUGAAACUUCAUAUCUUGAGCAUAAAUGAAAGAAGAUAUGGGAGGUCAAUUUUUCUCUUAUUUAUGUAUGUUAUGCACUGUUCAGGGGCAAAUGCAUAAUUUUUUUUCUCUUAAAAAAGAAGUGUAUCAAACGGUGAGGCAUUCUUGAUAGGAAAUCAUUAGUUUAUAUAUAAUUUUUUUUUUAAUGCACACUGCUUUAUCAA